AUGCCGGUCUUCAUGAAGCUCGGGGCUUCAUCUAGAAGUGACAACAACGAGGCAAUAAGAUGGGCCGGCUCUGCUGACAAGUCCUCUCAAGACUCUUCCUUCUCCUUCUCCAGGAGAUACUUCCACUGGAAGAAGAAAGUGGAGGGCGAAGACGAUGAUCAGGAACAGGAAGAGAUCUUAACCUUCUCCUCCUCCUCCUCCUCUCAUCAUGAUCUCGAUAUUGUCCCCACUUCGCUUAGGGAACCCUGGAAGAAGCUCCCCGUUGUGGCGGUUUCGAAACUGAAAUCGGCUUUUACUGGGUUUGGAAAGAGCAAAUCGAGCUUGAACCGACGCCUCGGCACCAAGGUGGUGGGCACCCUGUUUGGCUACAGGCGCGGCCACGUCCACUUCGCGUUCCAGGAGGAUCCCAAGCUGAAUCCGGCGUUUCUGGUUGAGCUCGCGACGCCGACCAGCGUCCUGGUCAGGGAGAUGGCGUCCGGGGUGGUGAGAAUCGCGCUGGAAUGCGAGAAGGCGGCGGAGAAGAAGAAGAAAGGGCUGAAGCUGCUGGAGGAGCCGCUGUGGAGGACGUACUGUAACGGGAAGAAAUAUGGGUACGCGACGCGGCGGCGGUGCGCGGAGGAGGACUGGGCGGUGCUGGACGCCGUGGGGCCGGUGACGAUGGGGGCGGGAGUGUUGCCGGGAGAUGGCGGCGGUGAGGGGGUUGGGGCGGAGGGUGAGGUGAUGUAUAUGAGGGCCAGGUUUGAGAGGGCGGUGGGAUCAAAGGACUCGGAGGCUUUCUACAUGAUGAAUCCCGACGGGCAUGGGGGCCCUGAACUUAGCAUUUAUCUGCUCAGAGUUUGAUGCCUUUUAUCUUUUCGGUUUGGGAACUGUUUCUUAGCUUCAUGUUUAGAUUGUAGUUCUUACUUAGAACUCAAUAGAAGUUUAAGAAAUCAAUUAAGAUUGAUAAUUAUAUAUCCAGCUUACUAAUAAUUAAUUAAGCUCCUAA